CAAAGACUCCUUCAUGACAUGUCUCUUCUGCAGUCACAUGAUCCCAGAGGAGAAUGAUUCAAAUAAAUAGUCUGAGCUCCACGGUCCAUCAUAUUCUGCACGACUUUAAGAGUUCUUUUGGCAAAGGGCAAAACAAGUAAAAUGAAGGCCUUACUGGUUGUUUUGGCCCUCUUUCUGCCCAUCAUAAAUGCCCAGGUGCCUCAUUGGGGGCCGUGCCCAGAGCCUGCCACUCAACCUGCCUUCAACCUAAAGAAGUUUAUGGGCAGGUGGUUUGAAAUCGCUAAACUUCCAGCACAGUUUGAGCGAGGGAGAUGCAUUGAGACUAACUUCACUCUCAAGCUGGAUGGAACGGCUCAUGUAAUGAGCUCUGAAAUUCUAAAAGGAGAGUUAAAAACAAUUGAAGGGACAGCUGUGGUGGAAGAUAAAAGAAAUCCAGCAAAGCUUGGAAUCAGUUUCUCUUACGUUUUGCCCUACACUCCAUACUGGAUUUUGUCCACUGACUAUGAGAAUUCAGCGCUGGUGUAUUCAUGCACUGAUGUCUUGAGACUGUUCCACGUAGACUUUGCUUGGAUUCUGGGCCGCACCCGAUCCCUGCCUGCUGCCACCAUUGACCACGGAAAAGAGGUUUUUACCAAUAACAACAUCGAUGUGAGUCGGAUGAUCUUAAGCAGACAGCAGGGAUGUGGCAAAGACCUUUGAAUGACUGUCUUAGUGGAUAAUCCUGUUUCCAGUGUUGAACAACAUGUGGACUACAAAAGUAGUAUACUAUUCCUUUUAAUAAUAAUAAAAGAAAACCCCUUGGUUUUUAAUUAAAUGGCCAUGGAGUCUUGGACUUAUUACAUUGUUUUUUCCAGGUUUUCAAACCAGAAAUGUAGUCCAUCUUCUUUGGGAGAUAUUGUAUGGAAUUGAAAGCACAAGUUUCCAAUUGAUCAAAAUAAAUUAGAGCAUUAACCAAAACCAUGUGAACUUGGUUGGCUUAAUUCUCUG